CCCUCCCUUUCUGUAUCACACCCUGCGUGUCCCAACCCUGCACCUGGCCCGCCUAGACAGGGGCGCUGGAGUCUGUAUAAAUCAUAACGAGUGACACACGCGGCUCAGGAGGCGGGAAAAUAGUGAAAUAAGCUAAAAUUAAUUCAAUCCUAGGAUCUAGUUGACAGGAACACAAACUGUGUGAUCAUUAACAAGACUCUGCAACCAAAUUUUCUCGUCAUUAUAAUAAAAGAAAAAAAUAAUUUAAACAAAAAAUAUGGAAAUGAAAUAAGUUCUACGGGUUUUAAGCGUGAAAUGGGAUGAAAAGUAAGGUAAAUUAAAAGUAGUGAGACCCAGUAAUGUUGGUAUCCCUGGUAAACAUUAACACGCUGGAGGAGGGGGGGGGGGAAGAAAGGAACAGGUCAGGGAGAUGGUUGGUGACAUAUUUCGCAUUUUUCCCUCAUAUUUCUCUUCGUGAGGCUGCAGGAGCAUCACCCAACAGCAUUUCCCCUCAGCAUUGCCCCCUGCAGGAAAGCAUCUGAUGGCUGGGAGGCAACACCACACAGUCAAAUGCAAUACUGACUUGUAAUCUAGAGACACUGAUCUAUAACUGUCAUGUGGUGUUGAAUGACAGUGAUGCUGGUGUGUAGCAAGACCAGCAGCACCGCCUCCCUCAGUGAAGCAUCAGGUGGCAGUGAACCAGUGCCAUCAUGCAGCACUGAGCACAUGGAGGAUGAUGGCAGUGAUGACACAUUACAGUGACAACACCCUCAGACACAAAGAACACAGCCUUUGUAACAGUGAUUGCAGUGAUGACCUAUAAUCUGAGGACACAGGGAGCAUGGCCAUGAAGGGGAGUGAUGAGUUGGUGCAGGGCAGCGUUGGUGGCAGGGGAGUGGCAGUGUUUACGUGUGAGGAGUGUGGGCGAGUGUUCAGGCGGCGCAGUAACCUAUCUCGGCACCAGAGACUGCACAGCGGGGAGCGUCCCUUCCAGUGUCCGCAGUGCCACCGCCCCUUUGCCCACCACAGCUCCCUGCAGCACCACCUGAGGCUGCACAGUGGCGAGCGGCCCUACCAGUGUGCCGUGUGCCUCAGGACCUUCCGGCAGCGACCCAACUACUCCCUGCACCUCAAGACCCACACAGGGGAAAAGCACUUCCGCUGCCAUGCCUGUGGGAAGGAGUUCGCCCAGCGUGUGCAUCUCACCACCCAUGCCCGCCUGCACUCCGGGGACCUUCCAUACGAGUGUGAGGACUGUGGGAAGAGGUUCUCUCAGCGCUGCCACCUCACCCGCCACCGAGGCACCACAGGACAGCCGGAGCACACGUGUAGUUUAUGCAGCAGGAAAUUCGUCACUCAGCCAUGUCUCAAUGCACACCUGCAGAGGAUGCAUGGAGGGGCGCUUCAAAGGACCCACAGGGGAGGGACACAGUGUGGGACCAAGCAGAAACAGGAGGAGGAGGAGGAGGACAAGAGUGUAGGUGGUAUGAAGAGCAAGGCACAGGGUGGAGGUGGAAGCAGGAGCAAGGUGAGAGCCAAGGUGGAGUGUGAGGUUUGCCACAAAAGUUUCCGUAAGCCGUCACACCUCCGCCACCACCGCUACACCCACACUGGGGAGCGGCCCUACCCCUGCCCUCAGUGCGGCCGCAGGUUCUCCGAGGCCAGCAGUCUGCGGCGCCACAUGACCUCACACAUCAGGGCUCACCUCACUCAUUCCACUCACCCUCUCACACCCACACCAAACACCCCAUCACACCCUCACACCCCUGUCCCAGUCACCCCAUCACACUCCCUCACUCCCACACCAGUCACCCCAUUACAAACUCACACAGCAGCAUCAAACAUCAUAUCACAACCUCAUCCCCCAGUUCAUGAAAGCCCAGGUAUAAUCCAGUAUCAGAAGAAAGAAUUAGGUUACACUGAUAUCUGCCAGAGCCUUCAGUCCAUACCCACAAAGGAAAGCCCUGGGACUGGUUCGCCUGAGGGUGUUCAGGGAAGUUUGGAUAACGUCUCAGGAAGCCCUUGUAACUUUGGCAGUAGUGAAGAGAUGCAAGACAGUGGAACCAGUGAGCAUAAGGUUCAGGAAAGUUGUGUUGCUGCUUAUGUCCCUGGGGAGACUGAUGAUAAGGAUGAUAUGGCUAACUGUAACAUUGAGAAAGAGGAAAAUAGGACAAGCGUAACCCAGUCUUGUUCCUUCCUUCCUCGCCCUUUUGUAGCAGUGAGUCUGUUUCUGUUUGGGAAGAAAGUGAAGGAAGAGGCUGGGAUGGAGGAAGGGGAGGAGAUGAGUGUGAAAGAAGAGCUUGAGUUGAUUGAAGAGGCUGUUUAAUGUAUAGACAAAGGACAAGGAUGAGAAGUCUGGUUAAAUUAAGAGGCUGUAGAGAAACGUGCUAUUGGAGAAAUCAGGAGGAAGUGUGAAGGAGUUUGGAAGGGAAGAGACUGUAUGUGGUUAUUGGAAAUGAGAUGCUGAUGGUAAUGACUAUAGCAAGUAAUGAGCUGAAGGAGAUUUUAAUGAAAGAAGAGAAGGAGGAGUUUAUGCAGGAGGCUGUGAAAUUAGGUGGAGAAACAAGAUAAAAGGAAUUGACUAGCACACUGACAGGUAAAAGGUGGUGAAGGGAAGAGAAGCUGAGGAUUCAUCAGAGUAAUUCUAUAUUCCUUUGAAGCCCCAAGGGUGAAACUAGCUGGAAAUAAGUACUGAACCUUUAGCCUGUGCUUCCCUCACCCCUUCAGGAGACUAGGGUAGUGUUAUUGUAAAGGGAUUGUUUUGAAAGACAUUUAGACAAAGAAAGGGACAGGAAGAGAGUUGAGAAGAGGAUGAUAAGGUGCUAAUUAAUGAAAGCAGCCACUUUUACUGUCAUGGUGAAAGGAAAAAAGAAAAAAAUGAAGCAAAAACAAGAAAGAAAGAAAUUAAAGAUGAGAGAAGGGAGAUGAACAAAAGAAGAUAGAAAAAAAAAAAGAUGUAACAGUGAAGAAAACAUUUGAAAUAUACAAUAGAGAAAAGGAAGAGGAGGGAGACAAGAACAACAAGGUACAAACUGAGGAAAAGACAUCAAAACAAAAACAACCUUUCAACCUCCUGUGUAACACCUGGACCCAAUCAAAACUAUCAAAACAGGUGCAUCAAAGCCAAAACAGAACCGCGUGAUAAGUAGAUGAAGUAGUUUAAAUAUCCGAGCAGUGUGUGAAUUAAUCUGUUAAAAGUGAGAUAGCCAUGGUUAAGUGUUGCAAAAGUGCUUUAGUAAGUUAAAUGUUUGUGGGAUUUUAUAAAUAUGUGACCUUCUGCUCCUUCUACCCCACCCAUCUAUCCAACCAGCCAUCUUUCUGUCUACCUGUCUGUCUAUCUGUCUGUCUACCUGUAUCUAUCUAUCAGUAUCUGUCUAUCUAUCCAUCUAUCCAUCUGUUUAUUUAUAUACCUAUCCAUCUACUUGCUAAUCUGAUUAUCUAUCUUUCUAUAUCUGCCUGUCUUUCUUUGGCUUUCUUUCUGUCUACCUAUUUAUCUAUCUAUAUCUAUCUAUCUAUCUAUCUGUUUAUGUAUGUAUGUAUUUAUCUGUACUUGUGUCCUUCUAUCAAUCUAUUUAUCUAUCUAUCUAUCUAUCUAUAUGUCUACAUCACCCUCACUCAACCUGUCAGUAUCUAUCCCACUUCAUUCAAUGUUACCAAGAACAACUCAAUUAUUCCAAGGUUUGUUGCCAGGCCUGGUAAUGCUGCUUCUUGUUUAUGCCUGUACUACAUAAUGCAAGUCCUGUUUGUUUAGUGACUAGUACAGCUAUAUAUAUAUAUAUAUAUAUUUUAUAUGUGAAAUAAAUGCACUGAGAAAUAACUUAA